UUCAACUCAACAAACCUAUAGAUAGUGAGAGAGAGAGAGAGAGACAACACAUUUGAGUGAAUAAUAUCAGCAAAAAAAGUGAUUUUUAAAAACACACAAAAUGUUUGAAUCAAUUUUGAAUGCAAUCCCACAUCAUAUGGACUUUGAUGGCCAACGUCGGGCCGAAAGAUGGUUUCAACUCAUUAUUCUAGUGUUUGCCGUGUCGGGUCUGGUCUGGGGUUAUGCCGUCCAGCAGUUCUCAUACACUGUCUAUACAUUGGGCGCCGGUUUUGUGUUGGCCGCACUCCUAACCCUACCUCCGUGGCCACUAUACCGACGCAAACCAUUGCAGUGGCAAAAGGUUAAGUCUGAGACCAGUUAUAAACCCAAGAAGAAGUCCAAAUAAAGACAGAGAGCCACUAAUGAUUUGUUUUUAAGUAUUUAAAUAUUUAUAUAAUUA